AAAGGGAAAGAGGAAGAUGGUUAAGAUUGUAAGUAUGUGUGAGUGUUGGAAGGGGAUAAAGAUGUGGGAGGGUCUGCUGAACAUGGCUGAACAUUGGCUCAGUCCUCAUCCACUCACUCUGCUAAGGGGUCAGUGAUCAGUAGCAGUCACACAAACAAACACACAAUACAACAUGUACACUCACUCACUCACCCUUUAACUCACUUCCCUCUCAUUUUCGUUUUCGUUUUCCUUUCCAUUUCUCCAUUUCUCCAUACCAACACAAAAUGCGACUCUUCCUUUGUUCUCUCUUCUUCUUCCUCUUCCAUUCUCACACACUCCAUGCUGCGCGCAUCUCAGAAUAUCGCGCGCUUAUCUCUUUUAAAGCGUCUUCCAUAACCGACGACCCUACCAAUGCUCUCUCCUCCUGGAACACCACCACUCCCUACUGUUCCUGGUUCGGUGUCACGUGCGACUCCCGCCGCCACGUCACCAUCCUUAACCUCACCUCCUUGUCCCUCUCCGGCACACUCUACGAUGACCUCUCCCACCUCCCUUUCCUCUCCUACCUCUCCCUCGCCGACAACCAGUUCUCCGGCCCAAUCCCCUCCUCCUUCUCCGCACUCUCCGCCCUCCGCCAUCUCAACCUCUCCAACAACGCCUUCAACGCCACCUUCCCCUCCAACCUCGCCCGCCUCGCCAAUCUCCAAGUCCUUGACCUCUACAACAACAAUAUGACCGGUCCCCUCCCCCUCGCCGUCGCCGCCAUGCCCCUCCUCCGCCACCUCCACCUCGGCGGCAACUUUUUCGCCGGCCAGAUCCCUCCCGAGUAUGGCACCUGGCAGCACCUCCAGUACCUCGCCGUCUCCGGCAACGAGCUCACGGGAAACAUCCCUCCGGAGCUUGGAAACCUCACCGCGCUUCGCGAGCUCUACAUUGGCUACUACAACGCUUACUCCGGCGGCAUCCCGCCGGAAAUUGGAAACCUGUCCCAGCUUGUCCGUUUCGAUGCCGCGUAUUGCGGACUCUCCGGCGAUAUUCCGGCUGACCUCGGAAGGCUUCAGAAUAUGGACACGCUCUUUCUUCAGGUGAAUGCGCUCUCCGGCUCGCUCACUCCUGAGCUGGGGAACCUGAAGAGUCUCAAGUCGAUGGAUCUGUCCAACAACGUUCUCUCCGGCGAGGUUCCGGCCAGCUUUGCGGAGCUCAAGAAUCUCACUUUGCUGAACCUCUUCCGGAACAAGCUCCACGGUGCGAUUCCAGAAUUUGUCGGAGAGCUACCGGCGCUGGAGGUUUUGCAGCUAUGGGAAAACAACUUCACGGGAAGCAUUCCUCAGAGUCUGGGAAGAAAUGGAAAACUCACUCUCGUUGAUCUUUCUUCGAACAAGUUGACGGGAAUGCUUCCUCCUGAUAUGUGCUACGGGAAUCGUCUUCAGACUCUGAUAACUCUCGGGAAUUAUCUGCUCGGUCCCAUUCCGGAUUCGCUUGGGAAGUGCGAGUCUCUGAAUAGGAUUCGAAUGGGUGAGAACUUUCUUAAUGGUUCUAUUCCUGUUGGUCUAUUUGGGCUUCCCAAACUCACCCAAGUAGAGCUUCAGAACAAUCUUCUCACUGGACAGUUUCCUGAGGGUGGUUCCGUUGCUGUUAAUCUCGGUCAGAUCAGUCUCUCUAAUAACAAGCUCUCUGGGCCGUUGCCACCCACCAUCGGAAACUUCACCAGCAUGCAGAAGCUUCUUCUCGACGGUAACAAGUUUUCGGGUCAAAUCCCUUCGCAGAUAGGCAGGCUGCAGCAGCUCUCCAAGAUUGAUUUUAGCCAUAAUCAGUUUUCGGGCCCCAUUGCUCCCGAGUUAAGCAGGUGCAAGCUUUUGACUUUCAUUGACCUCAGCCGCAAUGAGCUCUCUGGUGAGAUUCCAAAUCAGAUAACUGCAAUGCGGAUAUUGAAUUAUCUGAACCUUUCAAGAAACCAUUUAGUUGGCUCAAUUCCAGGCUCCAUAGCUUCUAUGCAAAGUUUAACAUCUGUUGAUUUUUCCUACAACAAUCUCUCUGGUUUGGUUCCUGGAACCGGGCAGUUCGGCUACUUUAACUACACCUCUUUCCUAGGGAACACUGAACUCUGUGGUCCUUAUUUGGGUCCUUGUAAAGACGGGGUUGCCAAUGGCCCUCGUCAACCUCAUGUUAAAGGUCCUCUCUCUUCUUCGUUGAAGCUUCUGUUAGUUAUAGGGUUGCUUGUGUGCUCCAUCGCAUUUGCUGUUGCGGCAAUAAUCAAAGCUCGGGCUUUGAAAAAGGCUAGUGAAGCUCGUGCGUGGAAAUUAACUGCGUUCCAGCGUUUGGACUUCACUGCUGAUGAUGUUCUGGACUGCUUGAAGGAGGACAACAUAAUAGGAAAAGGAGGUGCAGGCAUUGUGUACAAAGGUGCAAUGCCGAAUGGGGAUCAGGUUGCUGUGAAAAGGUUACCUGCCAUGAGCAGGGGAUCUUCGCAUGAUCAUGGUUUCAAUGCUGAGAUUCAGACAUUGGGGAGGAUUCGACACAGACACAUUGUUAGACUGUUGGGUUUCUGUUCAAACCACGAGACAAAUCUCUUGGUGUAUGAGUAUAUGCCUAAUGGAAGUUUGGGUGAGGUUCUUCAUGGCAAGAAAGGUGGUCAUUUGCAUUGGGACACAAGGUAUAAGAUUGCUGUGGAGGCCGCGAAGGGCCUGUGCUAUCUACAUCAUGACUGUUCGCCACUCAUUGUCCAUCGAGAUGUUAAAUCCAACAACAUCCUUCUUGAUUCUAACUUUGAAGCUCAUGUUGCGGACUUUGGGCUCGCUAAGUUCCUGCAAGAUUCUGGAACAUCUGAAUGCAUGUCUGCAAUUGCCGGUUCGUAUGGAUACAUAGCUCCAGCCUUUNAGUCGAUGGAUCUGUCCAACAACGUUCUCUCCGGCGAGGUUCCGGCCAGCUUUGCGGAGCUCAAGAAUCUCACUUUGCUGAACCUCUUCCGGAACAAGCUCCACGGUGCGAUUCCAGAAUUUGUCGGAGAGCUACCGGCGCUGGAGGUUUUGCAGCUAUGGGAAAACAACUUCACGGGAAGCAUUCCUCAGAGUCUGGGAAGAAAUGGAAAACUCACUCUCGUUGAUCUUUCUUCGAACAAGUUGACGGGAAUGCUUCCUCCUGAUAUGUGCUACGGGAAUCGUCUUCAGACUCUGAUAACUCUCGGGAAUUAUCUGCUCGGUCCCAUUCCGGAUUCGCUUGGGAAGUGCGAGUCUCUGAAUAGGAUUCGAAUGGGUGAGAACUUUCUUAAUGGUUCUAUUCCUGUUGGUCUAUUUGGGCUUCCCAAACUCACCCAAGUAGAGCUUCAGAACAAUCUUCUCACUGGACAGUUUCCUGAGGGUGGUUCCGUUGCUGUUAAUCUCGGUCAGAUCAGUCUCUCUAAUAACAAGCUCUCUGGGCCGUUGCCACCCACCAUCGGAAACUUCACCAGCAUGCAGAAGCUUCUUCUCGACGGUAACAAGUUUUCGGGUCAAAUCCCUUCGCAGAUAGGCAGGCUGCAGCAGCUCUCCAAGAUUGAUUUUAGCCAUAAUCAGUUUUCGGGCCCCAUUGCUCCCGAGUUAAGCAGGUGCAAGCUUUUGACUUUCAUUGACCUCAGCCGCAAUGAGCUCUCUGGUGAGAUUCCAAAUCAGAUAACUGCAAUGCGGAUAUUGAAUUAUCUGAACCUUUCAAGAAACCAUUUAGUUGGCUCAAUUCCAGGCUCCAUAGCUUCUAUGCAAAGUUUAACAUCUGUUGAUUUUUCCUACAACAAUCUCUCUGGUUUGGUUCCUGGAACCGGGCAGUUCGGCUACUUUAACUACACCUCUUUCCUAGGGAACACUGAACUCUGUGGUCCUUAUUUGGGUCCUUGUAAAGACGGGGUUGCCAAUGGCCCUCGUCAACCUCAUGUUAAAGGUCCUCUCUCUUCUUCGUUGAAGCUUCUGUUAGUUAUAGGGUUGCUUGUGUGCUCCAUCGCAUUUGCUGUUGCGGCAAUAAUCAAAGCUCGGGCUUUGAAAAAGGCUAGUGAAGCUCGUGCGUGGAAAUUAACUGCGUUCCAGCGUUUGGACUUCACUGCUGAUGAUGUUCUGGACUGCUUGAAGGAGGACAACAUAAUAGGAAAAGGAGGUGCAGGCAUUGUGUACAAAGGUGCAAUGCCGAAUGGGGAUCAGGUUGCUGUGAAAAGGUUACCUGCCAUGAGCAGGGGAUCUUCGCAUGAUCAUGGUUUCAAUGCUGAGAUUCAGACAUUGGGGAGGAUUCGACACAGACACAUUGUUAGACUGUUGGGUUUCUGUUCAAACCACGAGACAAAUCUCUUGGUGUAUGAGUAUAUGCCUAAUGGAAGUUUGGGUGAGGUUCUUCAUGGCAAGAAAGGUGGUCAUUUGCAUUGGGACACAAGGUAUAAGAUUGCUGUGGAGGCCGCGAAGGGCCUGUGCUAUCUACAUCAUGACUGUUCGCCACUCAUUGUCCAUCGAGAUGUUAAAUCCAACAACAUCCUUCUUGAUUCUAACUUUGAAGCUCAUGUUGCGGACUUUGGGCUCGCUAAGUUCCUGCAAGAUUCUGGAACAUCUGAAUGCAUGUCUGCAAUUGCCGGUUCGUAUGGAUACAUAGCUCCAGAGUAUGCCUACACGUUAAAAGUUGAUGAGAAAAGCGAUGUGUACAGCUUUGGAGUUGUUCUUUUGGAGCUUGUAACAGGCAGGAAACCAGUUGGGGAGUUUGGUGAUGGUGUGGACAUUGUGCAAUGGGUGAGGAAAAUGACGGAUUCAAACAAGGAAGGAGUUCUAAAGGUUCUUGAUCCUAGACUUCCAUCAGUUCCUCUCCAUGAGGUGAUGCAUGUUUUCUAUGUAGCCAUGCUAUGUGUUGAAGAACAGGCAGUGGAGCGACCUACUAUGCGAGAAGUUGUUCAAAUUCUCACCGAGCUUCCAAAGCCACCGAGCUCUAAACAGGGGGACUUGACGGAGUCCUCUCUGUCUUCAUCAAACAGUUUAGAGUCUCCAACCACGGCAUCUAAGGAAUCUAAAGAUAAUCAACGCCCUCCUCAGUCUCCACCACCCGAUCUUCUUAGCAUUUGAAGGGAUAUAUGUUUGGAAUGGGAUGUGUUUCAUAUUUUUCUCUUUUGGGUUGUGAUAGCUUAUCUAGUUGCGUUCUUCAGUUUUUUUCUUCUUUUUGGGGUUGGGUUUCUGCUAAGGUGUUAAAUGUUUGAAUAUUUCUUUACAGUAAUGGCUUGCAAUUUGUACAUUAGGAUUGGUGGGAGUAUUGUUAUAUAAGUUCUGUCUUCAUCAUGUAGAACUGGAACAGUUGUUCUUCUCGUUUUUUUUUCAGACGAGACGGCCAAAUGGUAGAACAUUACAUAUCUAGGCAUUGUCAGUUGCACCGGUUUAGCCCUUUAUAAUCUAUCAAAUGACCACCUAAACAAAAGAAACCUCUUGUGAGCCUUUGUUUCUUCACAUCUGCAGACUGCAGUUAUU